GUCCAUUUCCUGUCACUGGACACCACUGAGAGGACUCUGGCCGCAUCCUCCUGACACUCACCCUUUAGGGAAUGCUGGAGCAGAACAGGGCUUUGCCAGAGCAGGCUCUGGUCGCUCUGGCAGCUGAAGGUGACAGCCAGGCAGCUCGGCUGGCAGCAGCAGGCUGGGAGCUGCACGGCGCACACGGCCAAUGAGAGCCUGCAUUUCAGGACGUGCUUCUGCGGAUGGCCUAUGGCGAUGGCCGGGGUGGGACAGCGGCCACCCAAAUUCCUCCAGCAAAUGAUAUUUUGCUGCAAAAGCCUGGUGGAGCCAAUCACGCACUGCACCGCACAGCCAAUGGACGCCGGGCUCUUACCCAGCCACUGGCAGGGGCUGUGUGGCUGGAGGACCUUGGUACAGCUCCGCAAACUGCAUUCCUGCGGGGACAGCCCUCUCCCGGUUUGUCUCUCAGCACAAUAGUCCUCGCCGUGAUUCAUUUCCCCGUAAUAGCAGUGCCACUGUAAACAGUGGGUGCCCGGCCGGAGUGACGUGCCGUGCCUUGUCUGCGAGGUGACCUGCAGCUGGUGGGGACACUGCCGAAGUAAUUUGGGUCUGGUUUCCCAUUUAGCAGUGCCACGGCUGCCUACACAGCAGACCUGCUGACGAGAGCCAGAGGGAUGGUGGUAGUUACGGGGCAGAACAAAGUGAGUGGAAACCCGGAUGAUGCCAUGUCGAGCUCAGAUGCAGAGGAUGAUUUCCAAGAGCCAGCCACUCCUACUGCAAGCCAGGCAGGGCAAGCACUACCUCUGCUGCCUCAGCAGUUUCCAGAAGUUGUGCCACUAAAUGUAGGAGGCAUGUAUUUUACAACGAGGCUGUCGACGCUGAGACGUUACGAGGACACGAUGCUGGCGGCGAUGUUCAGUGGAAGACACUAUAUUCCAACAGAUGCUGAAGGCAGAUACUUCAUUGACAGAGAUGGGACCUACUUUGGAGACAUACUUAACUUUCUGCGAUCUGGUGACCUGCCACCAAGGGAGCGAGUGAGGUCAGUUUACAAGGAAGCUCAGUAUUAUUCCAUAGGACCACUGCUGGACAGUCUAGAGGAUAUCCAGCCUCUUAAAGGAGAAAAAGUUAGACAAGCUUUCCUGGGCCUGAUGCCAUAUUACAAAGACCACUUGGAGCGGAUCAUCGAAAUAGCCAAGCUCAGAGCUAUGCAGAGGAAAGCGAGGUUUGCAAAAUUAAAGGUCUGUGUCUUCAAAGAAGAGAUGCCCAUCACUCCCUACGAGUGCCCCCAUUUCAACUCCCUGCGUUUCGAGAGGAGCGAGAGCGAGACCAAGCUGUUCGAGCACCACUGCGAGGUGGAUGUGUCGUUUGGCCCCUGGGAGGCUGUGGCCGACGUCUACGAUCUUCUGCACUGUAUCGUGACGGACCUGUCGGACAGGGGGAUAACUGUGGAUCAUCAGUGCAUUGGGGUGUGUGAUAAACACCUGAUCAAUCACUAUUACUGCAAGCGGCCCAUCUAUGAGUUCAAGAUCACUUGGUGGUGAGUCGUUUGGCCCGGGAGGGUGCAGGGAAUCGAAGGACUUCUGGAGGAGCACUGCUUGGGAAUGCUCUCGCAACGUGGCUCUGGAAACGCACUGCUGCUAACCUGUGUCGGAAUCAGCCUGCUGACGUCUUGGCCAAUGCUUAGCUGCUCAGCAAAAAGGGGACCUGGAACAGAGGUUGAGUAGCCUCUGAAAUCUUGAAAAAAACCAGCCUGAAACAAGACUGUUGGCUCAGGUGCUUUAAGGAGGCACAAAACGAGAUCACCUCAUGGAAAUGACGGAGAGGAGCGUCUUACCAUCUGUCAAGGGGUGCCACCUACCCUGUGGCUUCAGUGUCACAGUCUGCAAAGUGGAUAUUGCAGAGCUCGCCUGUGUCCUUGCAAAGCCAGGGUGCUAAUAAUGCUGACGUGAUGUGGCUGUAUUUUACCCACUGAGAGAUGUUUGAAGCACUACUUAAACUUAACCACUUUAUAGAAUUGAGUAACACCCAGCACAGAGGUUCUGGAAAUGUAAUUUUGAUGA